GGAGGCGCAGCCGCCAUGUGGGAAGCGCCGGCGCUGCUGCUGCCGCUGCUGCUGCUGGUGCCGCUGGCGCUGCUGGCCAGGCUCCCGCGGCAGGCAGCGCUGCAGCCCGCGGGCCGGGCGGUGCUCAUCACCGGCUGCGACAGCGGCUUCGGGCACCUGCUGGCGCUGCGCCUGCACCGCCUGGGCUUCACCGUCUUCGCCGGCUGCCUCUGCCCGGGCGGGGAAGGGGCGCGGCGGCUGCUGCGGGAAGCCGCCUCCGGCCGCCUGCGGGUGCUGCCGCUGGAUGUCACCCGGGAGCGGGACGUGGCCGCGGCCAAGGAGUUUGUGCUGAGCAACCUGCCGGAGACAGGUUUUUGGGGACUGGUGAACAAUGCUGGAAUAUCGACAUUCGGCGAGAUAGGGUGGCUGCCUAUGGAGAAAUAUGAAAAAUUUGUGGAUGUGAAUCUCCUUGGGUGUAUAAGGACAACGUUGGCAUUUCUUCCCCUUCUAAGGAAAUACAAGGGACGUAUGGUCUUUAUGUCUAGUGUUACUGCAUACUUUACUUUGGGGAAUGGCAUUUACUCUAUGACCAAGGCAGCCAUAGAAAAAUUUUGUGAUGCCUUAAGACUGGAAAUGAAGAAGUUUGGAGUGCUGGUUUGUGUUAUUCAGCCAGGAAAUUAUGCACGUUCAACUAAUGUCCAGCCACCAGUCAAUGCAGAGCAGAUCUGGAAUGAACUUAGUGAGGAGGAAAAGGCAGUGUACAAUAAAGAAUAUGUGCAAGAACGUUCAGACUUUUUCAACAACAUACUUAAGGAAGGGUGCACCACAGGCCAUGAAGUUGUAGAUGCCAUGGUGGAUGCUUUAAUGUCACCUAAGCCCAAGGCACGUUAUAUGGUUGCGAAGCUAAAGGAAAAACUGUUGGUCUUUAUAUGCACAGUUUUCCCAACUGUUGUGAUGGAUUCAGUUCUGUCCUAUGCACUGAGUAAAGUAAAACUCACAUAGCCCUGUGGAGAGAAUAUUGACCAGUUUCUGGUCUAUAAUUCAGGUUGGACAACUUUUGUAAGCAAAGGAUUUACAGCUUGGUCUAAAGGCCAUUGAAGCCAAUGGACAGACUCCCAUUGACUGGUAUGAGCUUUGGAUCAGACUCUUAUUCAGGACUGUAACUUUUGAAAUACAUCUGGAGUUGAAUGUAAAAUAAUUCACUUGCUGUACUUUGGGACACAGCAUUUCUCCACUUGUUGUAAAGAUUAACUCACACACUGUUGUAUUCCUUGCCUGUUGAAUCUAAUGCAUUUUAUUUUUCUAUCGAAUCUUUCAUAUGAAAGUACCACAAAAUGCUUCCACGUCAGUUACAAGUAGAGUUUACCCUACAGGAGCAUUGAUGGAUACAAUCAGGCAGGGAUGACGAAUGCAGUAGUUUUGAGAGCCUGAAAAAGCAUUUUAUUGUUUUGUUAGAGGCAGAGCUAGGAGUGUUAGGCUGGGAGUGAGAAAUGGGCCUUGAAAUAGGUUUGAAUGGAGUCAGAAGGGUGCAGAGAACUAAGAAACCUUAAAUGAAUUAUGAAAGUCCUUACCAAUGGAAACAAUAGCUACCACUGUGAAGUAUUUUAAGCUCACAGACAUUUUGCUUAAAUCUGUAACAUCAAAGCAAAUAUGUCAUAUGCUUUGUAAAAUAAAUAAGUAGCACAUUCCACUUACAAAUGAAUGUUCAUUCCUAAUACGAUGUAUUACCUGCCCCUAAUGUCCAGAUUAACCAAUACAUUAAGCUAAAGUGCGGUCAGAGAACUAAACACAAAAGAUGGCAAGCAGUUAGCACUGCACAGUCAGCAACUAGUAGUUGAGGAAAGUCUGCACACAUAGCUUGUAGCUCAGUUUGACGUUUAAGAGGUGCCAUUUCUUUCUGUCAAUAUAGGAAUUCAUUAAGGGUCUGGUGAAAAAUCUAUUGAAAUCAAUGGGAAAAGUCUCAUUGACCUCAAUGGGAGUUGGAUCAGAGCCUAAAUUCUUUUGGAUGUAUAUGAAUUUAGUGCUCACUAAAUGUGCUAAAUUAACACACAUGAAGCUGCCGCCCCAUCAAUCUGUGUACAUCCAUACUGGAGACUGCUCCAAUCAGUGUUUCCCCAGGAAUUGAAAUUAGACGAGAUGUUCGAAUUUACAGGGGGGUGAAGGCGGAGGAGCAAGACCAUAAGGGUGAAGGUGGGCUGCAUGGCACCAUAGUAAAAACUUAAAAACGUUUCACAAUCAUUUUAU